GGUCCUGGCCACCAUCUCUCACCAUAGUGGCUGUAAUCCCUCCCGACUGGGUUGUUUACCACUCUUGCCUCUCUCCAGUCCUAUCUCUGCAGUAUCCACAGUGAGCCUUCCAGAGGGCAAAUCUGAUCCUGUCAACUCACUGAUUAAAAUCUUUUAGUUGUUCCCCACGCUUCCAGAUUAAAGUCCACACACCUGACAUGGCUUAUGAGGCCCUUUGAGAUCUUGACUCUGUUAUUAUACAAAUAGCGACUAACAUUUAUUGAAGUCUUUUGAAUGUUAGUAUUUAUUCUAAGUACUUGAUAUGUGUUAUCUCCCUGAAUCUUCACACUUAAUCUUUCAAUUUACUCUUAACAACCUGAUGGAGAAGGUACUGCUAUGAUCCACAUUUUGCAGAUGAGACAGACACAGAGAGGUUUCCAGUUGCCUAAGGUGACAGAGCUGACCAGGGGCAUCUACUGUAUAUUAUGUAGUCCUUACCAUAAAUCUAGGAGGUAAGUACUGCUACCCUCUUUUACAAAUGAAGUAAUUCCAGUCAGAGGUGAUGUUUGCCCAGAUGGCACAGAUUAUGGGUGGUGGAAUUGGGAUUGAAUCCCAGAUCUGUGUGACCCUGAGCGUGUUUUCUCCUCCAUUCUGUCUGACCCUGGCCUGAUCUCUAGUACCCCUUAUGUCCUACUUCUAAGCACACAUGCAUGUACCCUUGGUUCACUUCCAAUCAUUCUUCAGGUUUUAGCUCAGAUAGAGCUCUGGAGAAACCUCUGAGCAUCCCCUUUACCUUUCCUGCUGCACUUGGAGGAGCUUUGCCCGUCAGCCCUAGUUGUUACUGUUGUUGAUUUUCCCCAGAGUGUACGAACUUCAUGAAGUCAGGUACUGUGAGAGCCUUGGUCACUAUUAAACUUUGAAGGACUUGCACAGUACAUGGCACAUAGUGAGUAGUCAGUUAAUACAGAUUGAAAAAUUAAUGUUUAAUCAGCGUAGAAGUUUGGUGUUGACCAGGUUUCAUCUUUAAAGAGUAUAUAAUCAGUAGUCUUUUUGUAUCUUUAACUCCCAACUAUUUAUGAUUUUUCCAAGUAACUAAUGAUCCUCAAAUCAUGUGGUUUUUGGAAGAUUCCCUUUGGGAUUGUAAAUAUUUACUUUUUGGAGACUAAUACUGUUAUGCUUUAUUCCUGGAGCAGAGAAAGUCCAGAAAGUGCUGAUUUAACUGGAGGAUGCAGCCUGGAUGUGCCUCACUUGUGGCAGAACCCAGAGACCACGUUUGAAGUGUAUGUUGAAGUGGCCUAUCCUAGGACAGGUGGCACUCUUUCAGAUCCUGAGGUGCAGAGGCAAUUCCCGGAGGACUACAGUGACCAGGAAGUUCUACAGACUUUGACCAAGUUUUGUUUCCCCUUCUAUGUGGACAGCCUCACAGUUAGCCAAGUUGGCCAGAACUUCACGUUCGUGCUCACUGACAUUGACAGCAAACAGAGAUUCGGGUUCUGCCGCUUAUCUUCAGGGGCGAAGAGCUGCUUCUGUAUCUUAAGCUAUCUCCCCUGGUUCGAAGUAUUUUAUAAGCUGCUUAACAUCUUGGCGGAUUACACGACAAAAGGCCAGGAAAAUCAGUGGAAUGAGCUUCUUGAAACUCUGCACAAACUUCCCAUUCCUGACCCAGGAGUGUCUGUUCAUCUCAGUGUGCAUUCUUAUUUUACUGUGCCUGAUACCAGAGAACUUCCCAGCAUACCUGAAAAUAGAAAUCUGACAGAAUAUUUUGUGGCUGUGGAUGUAAACAACAUGUUACAUCUGUAUGCCAGUAUGCUGUAUGAACGCCGGAUUCUCAUCAUCUGCAGCAAACUCAGCACUUUGACUGCCUGCAUCCACGGGUCUGCCGCGAUGCUCUACCCCAUGUUCUGGCAGCACGUGUACAUCCCCGUCCUUCCUCCACACCUGUUGGACUACUGCUGUGCUCCCAUGCCCUACCUCAUAGGAAUCCAUUUAAGUUUAAUGGAGAAAGUCAGAAACAUGGCCCUGGAUGAUGUCGUGAUCCUCAACGUGGACACCAACACCCUGGAAACUCCCUUUGAUGACCUCCAGAGCCUCCCAAAUGAUGUGAUCUCUUCACUGAAGAACCGGCUGAAGAAGGUCUCCACAACUACGGGGGAUGGGGUGGCCAGGGCCUUCCUCAAAGCCCAGGCCGCUUUCUUUGGCAGCUACCGAAACGCUCUGAAAAUUGAGCCGGAGGAGCCAAUCACCUUCUGUGAAGAAGCCUUUGUGUCCCAUUAUCGCUCGGGAGCCAUGAGGCAGUUCCUGCAGAACGCCAUCCAGCUACAGCUCUUCAAACAGUUUAUCGAUGGUAGACUGGAUCUUCUCAAUUCUGGCGAAGGUUUCAGUGACGUUUUUGAAGAGGAGAUCAGCAUGGGCGAGUAUGCUGGCAGCGAUAAACUCUACCAUCAGUGGCUCUCCACAGUCCGGAAAGGAAGCGGAGCCAUUCUGAAUACCGUGAAAACAAAGGCGAACCCAGCUAUGAAGACUGUCUAUAAGUUUGCAAAAGAUCAUGCAAAAAUGGGAAUAAAAGAGGUGAAAAACCGCUUGAAGCAAAAGGACAUCACCGAGAAUGGCUGUGCCCCCACCAUGGAAGAGCAGCCGCCAAAGACUGUGCCGUCCCCACUGGUGGAGGCCAAGGACCCUAAGCUCCGAGAAGACCGGAGGCCAAUCACUGUCCACUUCGGACAGGUCUGUGCUGGAGCAGCUCCGAAUCCAGCUCCCUGCCAGCGAGAUAUUGAGCCCAGCAGGACAAGAGCAGGAAAUCUGAUUCAGCGAGACCAGAGGAGGCAUUUUCUCAGAUUAGAAUUCUCUGUGCCAAAGGUGCGCCCUCCCCGUCCACAUGUGGUAAAGAGACCAAAGAGCAACAUCACGGUGGAAGGCCGGAGGACGUCCGUCUCAAGCCCCGAGCACCUGGUAAAGCCCUUGCGACACUAUGCGGUCUUCCUCUCCGAAGACUCCUCUGACGAUGAAUGCCAGCGGGAAGAGGGCCCGAGCUCUGGCUUCACCGAAAGCUUUUUCUUCUCCGCUCCCUUUGAAUGGAGACUGCACUUGACCGUUAAUGGAAGUGGUUGUGGAUGCCUGGGUCCUCCUCCAGCUCAGCACAUCUCGGAAAACUACAGAGACGGAGGGCCUCAGCCAUAUCGGACACUCAAGGAGUCAGACAGCGCAGAAGGUGACGAGGCAGAGAGCCCAGAGCAGCGAGUGCGGGAGCCCACAGGCCCUGCCCCAGCUCCACCUGACCGAGCUGCCAGCAUCGACCUCCUGGAAGACGUCUUCAACAACCUGGACAUGGAUGUCCCACUGCAGCCACUGGGCCAGGCCAAGAGCUUGGAGGACCUUCGGACCCCCAAAGACCUGAGGGAGCAGCCAGGAACCUUUGACUAUCAGAGGCUGGAUCUGAGCAGGAGCGACAGGAGCCGCGGGAUGCCAGUGGCCUUGAAGCUCACCCACCCGUACAACAAGCUCUGGAGCCUGGGCCAGGACGACAUGGCCAUCCCCAGCAAGCUCCCGGCCAGCUCCCCUGAGAAGCCCUCGUCCCUGCUUGGGAGCUCCCUGGCUCUGCCCCGCAGGCCACCGGCCCAGGACAGCAUCCUGAACCCCAGUGACAAGGAGGAGGUGCCCACUCCCACUCCGGGCAGCAUUACCAUCCCCCGGCCUCAGGGCAGGAAGACCCCGGAGUUGGGCAUCGUGCCUCCGCCCCCCACCGCCCGCCCGGCCAAACUUCAGGCGGCCAGCGCCGCCCUCGGGGACUUCUCAGAGCGGCCGCAGGCUGAGUGGGAAAGGCGAGCCCCUCUGAGUCCAGCCCCGUUCCCCGGGCUCCUCCCCAGCGCCGCCCGCCAAGGACCCACCGAACCACUGCAGCCGCUCAGCCUGGCCCCAGGGGCUGCAGGCACAAGUGGUGACGCCCUGCUGGCCCUCCUGGACCCACUUAACACAGCCUGGCCAGGCAGUACCCUUCCACCAGGACCUUCAGCCCCAAAUGUAGCCACCUCAUUCACACCCCAGUUCAGCUUCCCCCCAACAGGGACCCCCACCCCAUUUCCACAGCCAUCGCUCAAUCCCUUUGUGCCAACCGUGCCAGCGGCUCUGCCCGCCAUGCCCCUGGUCUCCACACCAGCCGGGCCUUUUGGGGCCCCUCCUGCUCCCCUGGGGCCAGCUUUUGCCCCCAGCCUCCUGCUGUCCAGUUCUGGCUUCUGUGUCCCACAUAGAUCUCAGCCCAACCUGUCUGCCCUCUCCAUGCCUAACCUCUUCGGCCAGAUGCCCAUGGGUGCCCACACCAGUCCUCUGCAGCCCCUGGGCCCCCCAAUGGUCGCCCCUUCGAGGAUCCGAACAUUGCCCCUGGCCCGCUCAAGUGCCAGGGCCGCUGAGGCCAAGCAGGGGCUGGCCCUGAGGCCCGGAGAAGCCCCCCUCCUUCCUCCCAGACCCCCGCAGGGCCUGGAGCCAGCACUGCAGCCCUCUGCUCCUCAAGAGGCCAGAGACCCCUUUGAGGAUUUGUUACGGAAAACCAAGCAAGAUGUGAGCCCGGCCCCGGCCCCAGGCUCAGUAGAGCAGCUCAGGAAGCAGUGGGAGACCUUCGAGUGAGCCAGGCGCCGAGAGCGAGGGCAAGCCGGGCCACGCGCUGUGCCGCCCGCCGCUGUGCUCCGAGGCUGGCCGGCCCUGCUUCCCCUGCUGUUCUGUUUCCGCCCAGGUUCUGCCGGUGGGAAGGGAUGGGUCCCCUCUCUGCCGCCCCACUUUCCCCUCCACGCCACCCAUCUCUGAGGUCUGGCCGCUAGCAGAUGGUGCCAGUUCUGGCCUGGGAAUGGACCCAGCUCCUGGGUGCCCACCCCAGUAGCCCUGCCAUCACCCCUCCCCUGCACCCUUGAUUAGGUUUUGCACUAAAGAGGUCAGCUGGGCGAAUGACUGCCCCAGACCAAGUCCUACCCACCGUCCCCCUGGAAACCUCCCGCCGGGAGCCCCAGGGCUCCACAAGGCCUCCCCUCCCCAGCUCUCUUCUCUUGCCCCAGCCGCAGCCCGGCCCUGCACACCCCCGCAGGAACCAGCACGGGCAUCGGUGGUGGCCUCGGUGUGAGCUCGUCUAUACCAGACACGUGGUCUGGAGUUUGGAGUAAGGAGCCCCCCUCCCGGGCUGGAGAGCCUGCCUACCUGGAAGGGCAUUUACAACCCUCUCUAGCAAUACCCUCACUCGUUCUUUCUUUCUUGAGUCUUCACCCAACCCCAACCUUCAGUUGUUUCUGGCUUGGGAGGGAUUUGGGGCUGAGGGAUCCUUGGGAACCCUCUGACAGCCAAACACAGUCGCCGCCAGCCCUGCGUGGGGGCUGGGAGCACCAGCAACUCUUGAUUCGUAGAAGAGAAAAUAGCAACAGGUAAACCGAGUGCAUCCGGAGGAGUGGGGCUGCCGUCCUGUGCUCUGUCUCUAGUAUGUACUGAAGUGGGGCCCAGCUUCUUGUCGCGUGGGACCUCGGGGGAAGAGCUGAGAAGCAGGCACCCAGAUCCCAACUGGGAAGCCAAGCUGAAUGCCACAGACUGAUGCAAGAGUCCCAGCUGCUGUUCAGGAAUGGGCAGGGGCUCUGAGCCCUUCUUCAGGCCCUGGGGGAGUGCAUGAACUUGGCUUCUUGCAGCCUGGAGGCCGGAGAAGGGCCAGGAGCCACCCCCUCCCCCGCCCACAUAGCGUAGAAAUUCCUGAGGCCAACGUCACCAAAGCUAAAUUGAAAUGUUUUGUUAUUGUUUCUUUUAUCUAUCUUUUCCUUUCUACUUUAUUGAUUUGACGAUUCUUAAAAUUGACUAGUUUCAAUAAACCGAGUUAAAAUAUGGCCCAACCAUUUAAGAAAACAACCAUCUGAGACAUGCAGGAAAUUGUGAGCAUUUUGACCUGAUUUCUCAUUUCCUAUUUGUGAAUGGUCAGACACACAGUCUCAGAGGUGUCUGACAGGGCCAGGGGGCUCCUGGCGGCCCCCGGAACCCCAAGGAGCCUUGUCAUCGUCUGAGGGACCCUGUGUGGGUCCGUGAGGCCGGGAGGGCUGGCCCGGAGUUUCUCGGACACCAGGUGCGAGGAGCUGCUGGUGCACAGCCCCUUCCGGAGCCGGUCACGGCCCCUUGGGCAAGCCCUCUCUCUCUCUCUCAAUCUCUGCGUGUUCUCGGCCCGCUGAGGUGGCGAGGGAGCCACGUGGUGUCUGGGCACAUGGGCACCUCCAGGAUUCUCAGGUGUUUCCGCACCGGUUCCAGAUCCGCCCACCCACCCCGGGCGGCCCCCCAGGCCCCGUCGGAGACAAAGUGUGAGAUGAGGGAUGGCUGUGGGGCCCCAGGGAAGCAGAGCCCACCCCGUGGUCGGUCCCCCCGGCUGUGCUGGGGGCUGGUGGCGAGCACUCCGUGUUCUCGAGAGCAUUGUUGUCUCUUCACUGGCUGGAUUGAAUUUGCACCCAAGGGUGAAUGUUGUGUGUGCGUUCAAUAAAAUCUUCUUGGGGAGAA